ACGACUUCCUUAUUUCCUCUUGUACAAAAAAACGAGUCGUCUUGUCUUCUCUCUUUCUUUCCCGUGCCGUCUCCUUCCUUUCUUCUCACCGAAGCUUCCGAUUCUGCGGUCUCUCUCUGUAUACGCGGAAUCGGAAAAUCACCUCCCACCUUCCUUCUUCUCCGAUUUUUCUUGCCGGAACAUUUUCAAUCGGAGAAGAAUUGAGGGAGCAACCGGAUAGAGAAGAAGGAGAAACGGUAACUUUCGUCAUCGAUUUCCUCAUUUUGGGUUGGGAGAGGGCGCGGGAAGGGGGAAAGCUGCGACCAUGGGGACGCCGGCAUUUCCAGAUCUCGGUAAACACUGCUUCGUCGAAGAUUGCAAGCAGCUCGAUUUCUUGCCUUUCACUUGCGAUCGCUGCCGCCAGGUUUUCUGUCUGGAUCAUCGAAGCUACCUCAAACACAACUGUCCAAAAGGUGAUAAGAAGGACGUUACUGUUGUCAUCUGUCCACUCUGCGCCAAGGGAGUUCGUCUAAUCGGCGACGAAGACCCAAACAUCUCAUGGGAGACACACGUCAACACAGAAUGCGACCCUUCAAAUUACGAAAAAGUCACAAAGAAGAGAAAAUGCCCCGUCCGAGGCUGUCGAGAAGUUCUCACAUUCUCCAACACAAUCAAAUGCAGGGACUGCACAAAGGACCACUGCUUGAAGCAUCGAUUCGGCCCUGACCACACCUGUCCUGGUCCCAGGAAACCCGAUGCAGGCUUCCAAUUCAUGAGCCUUCUCAGCAGGAGCCAAAAGGAAGAACCACCAAGACCCAACAACCGAGCUCCUCCCACAACCACAUCCUCAGCAACAAAUUGGACCUCAAACUUUCUCAGUGCAGCAUCCAACGUCCGAGCCUCUGCUGAAGCUGGAGUGUCGAAACUGGGCCGGGAACUGAGCCAAGCGUGGCUGACAGCAAGAGACGGCAUUGGGCCUAGCAGCAGCAGUGGAGGGGGAGCCGAGAUGGACGAGCAGUGUCCACAGUGCGGUGCCAAGUUCGCGUCGGUUAUGACCCUGGUCGACCAUGUAGAGAAGGUGCACGAGAAGAAGAAUCAACAACAAUCUCGGGUCUUGAAGUUGCCUGUAGAUGUGUGUCCCAAGUGUAGUAAAGGUUUCCGUGAUCCUGUGGACCUUGUGGAGCAUGUGGAAAGGGACCAUGGAGCCAGUUCAGAUUUGGGAAUGGUGGUGGUAGGCCGGCCGGCCGAGAGAGAGAAAGAGUCUCUGAACAUGAGUGCCGUUUCUGGUGUGUUAUCACGGCAAGUAUUACCAGCGUGCGGUAGCCUUUGUUUCUUUUGCCCUGCUUUGAGGGCAAGGUCCAGGCAGCCUAUCAAGAGGUACAAGAAGCUCAUAAGUGAGAUUUUCCCCAAGAAUCAGGAAGAAGGCCCAAAUGAUAGGAAGAUCGGUAAACUUUGUGAAUAUGCGGCUAAAAAUCCUUUGCGUAUCCCAAAGAUAGCAAACUCUCUUGAGCAAAGGUGUUACAAGGAGCUGAGAUAUGAGAACUUUCAGUCUGUCAAGAUUGUGAUGUGCAUAUACAAGAAAUUGUUGAUCACUUGCAGAGAACAAUUGCCUUUGUAUGCUACUAGUUUAAUGAACAUAAUUCAUACAUUGCUCGAUCAAACGAGGAGACAAGAUCUGCAACUUACAGGAUGUGAGAGUCUUUUUGACUUUGUAAAUAACCAGAAGGAUGGAACUUAUGCAUUUAAUUUAGAAGGCUUUAUACCUCAACUCUGUCAGUUAGCUCAAGAAGUCGGAGAAGACGAAAGAGGAGUUUGCCUACGGGCAGCUGGUCUCCAGGCUCUUUCUUCAGUGGUCUGGUUUAUGGGCGAGCAUUCACAUAUUUCAGCAGAAUUUGAUAAUAUCGUUUCAGUUGUUUUAGAAAAUUAUGGAAACCCUGAGGAUGUUCAUGAGGAGCAAGGUAACCAGAACCAAUGGGAACAAGAAGUGGUUAAAAAUGAGGAACAGGGGUCUACUUCGUCUGAGAUGCUUACCAGGGUUCCAUCUUGGGGGACAAUUGUAAAAGAAAAUGGAGAAUUGAAUGUGACGGAAGAAGAUUCCCGGAACCCCUGCUUUUGGGCUAGGAUUUGCUUGCAGAACAUGGCGAAGCUAGGGCAGGAGGCUACAAACAUACGGAGAAUUUUGGAAUCUUUAUUCCGAUAUUUUGAUAGUAGUGACCAAUGGUCUCUUGAUCACGGUCUUGCGCUCCCAGUAUUGAACGACAUGCAAAUUCUUAUGGAAAAGUCAGGUACACGAGUUGUUGCUUUUAUUUUUGUGUCUGGGACCUAUUCAUGAUUUCCAGUUUGCUUUUCGGAUGGCUUCCACUAUACACACUCUGAACUCUGUUUCUUUUAUAUAAUUUCCUUGGGAGAUUAGGGUAUAAUUCACAUGUUCUGCUGUCCAUGUUGAUUAAGCACCUGGAUCACAAAAAUAUCCUGAAAGAGCCAAACAUGCAGCUAGACGUAUUGAAUGUCACCACCUCACUAGCUCAGCAAGCAAAGGUUGAGUCUUCGAUAGAAAUUAUUGGUGCAGUUAGUGAUGUCAUAAGGCAUUUAAGGAAGAGCAUACAAUGUUCUGUUGAUGACGCUAACCUUGGGGCCGAGGUUAAGAGUUGGAACAAAAACCUGAGAGAGGCAGUGGAUAAAUGUCUCGUGGAACUGUCAAAUAAGGUUGGAGAUGCAGGUCCAAUUCUUGAAAUGAUGGCUGUAGUUCUGGAGAAUCUUUCAGCUGUUACAAUUAUUGCAAGGACCACAAUUACUUCUGUUUAUCGAACAGCUCAGAUAGUUGCCUCAUUGCCAAAUUUGCAUUAUCAAAGCAAGACUUUUCCUGAGGCUCUAUUUCAUCAGCUGCUUCUGGCCAUGGUCCAUCCUGACUAUGAGACGAGAGUUGGAGCUCAUCGCAUAUUUUCUGUUGUUCUAGUGCCUUCUGCUGUUUUCCCGAGGCCAGUUUCAACUGGUCUUGAUUUAAAGAGACAAGCUGAAGUUGAAAGGACCCUCUCAAGAACAGUUUCCGUCUUUUCUUCCUCAGCUGCUCUUUUUGAGAAGCUAAAGAGGGAGAAAGCGUCAAGCAGGGAAAAUUCCUCUCAUGGACACAAAGUAGAUGCCGGCUCUGCAGGUAAAAUGCAGAAUGGGAUGCUUGACAGAUUGAGGUCAUCUGCCAACCAAGGGAAAAAUAUUGCAACUGAUGGUCCUUCAUUGGCUGAUGAAAAGUCCAUCUCCAAUUUAAAUAAGGAUGCUACUAUUUUGAGGCUCAGCAGUCACCAAAUUAGUCUCUUACUGUCGUCAAUUUGUGCUCAGUCAAUUUCUCCUGAAAAUAUGCCUGAGAACUUUGAAGCAAUCUCUAAUACGUUUAGUCUGGUGCUUCUAUUUUCCCGGGGCAAGAACUCCAGUCAUGAGGUUUUAGUACGCAGUUUUCAGCUUGCUUUUUCCUUGAGAAAUAUUGCUGUCAGUGAUGAAGUUUCUCUGGCCAUAUCACGUCGUAGGUCACUUUACACCAUGGCAAUUGCAAUGAUUCUUUUUUCAUCAAAGGCCUAUGGCAUUGUUCCGCUUGUAUCAUCUGCCAAGCUGAUACUCGCAGAAAAAAUAGUGGACCCAUUCCUACGUCUAGUUGAGGACCGCAAGCUACAAGCUGUAAGUGGUGAAACUGCUAACACCAAAGUUGCUUAUGGAUCUAAGGAAGACGGUAAGUUGGCUUCGAAAGCAAUUUCAUCUAUAAGCAUCACUGGAGAACAAAGCAAGGAAUACUUUGCUGCGGAGAUCACAAAGACCUUAUCAAAUUUGUCAGAAUCUGAAUUGUCUAUUAUCAAGCAGCAGCUCCUUGAAGAGUUCUUGAUAGAUGAUACGUGUCCGCUUCCAGCUCCAUCUUCCCGAGACACCGCUCACCAAAAUCAGCUUGAUGCCAAGGAUGACUCUUUGGAGAGUGAUGAUUUUAUUGAAUCACUGGAAGGAGUGGCCAAUCGGAAUAAGCAGCCGGCCUUGCAAAGCCAUGAUGUGCUGAGCGUCAACGAACUUCUAGAAUCUGCAUUGGAGACAGCAAAUCAAGUUGGAAGAAUGUCUGUAACUGCACCUGAUGUUCCUUACGAGGAAAUGGCACUUCAUUGUGAGAAACUCCUGAUUGGGAAGCAAAAGAAGAUGUCUCAUGUCAUGAGUCUCCACAUAAGGCUGGGUAGCUCUCCUUUGCUAGACAAGAACUCCACCGCGGUCCCCCAAAGACCACCGCUUAUCCCUCUUGCUCUGCAAUGUGCAACAGAGUAUCAAAAUCAGGGUAACUCUCUCCGCCUCCCGGCAUCUAGCCCUUAUGAUAAGUUCCUCAAAGCUGCUGGUUGUUAACACAUCCGAACAAGCUCAAGAUAUCACGAGAUGAGUUCGCUUGCUUACUGAACAGACGAUCUAUAUAUAUGUAUUUCAUCCAUUCUUUGAUUCUUUUGUUCAACAUUCCGAGUUUCCCAUUCUUUCUAUUCAACUACACCAAUUUUUCCGGCUGUUUGAUUCAUUCUGUUUGUUCAUCAUUGUACAAAAAAGCAGAAAUACGAGUGAAGGCGAAUUCCGUAGAUUUCUUCUCUCUGUUCAGUAUUGUUGUAUAGCACACAAGUGACUGAACCUUUCAUGUCAUCUACUUCAAUCCUUCAUGAGUCAUGAUCAGUAUUGUGCAGAAUGUUCCCUUUUUCUGGAAGAGAAACCUAUAGCUCAACACUACUACUACGCUGCCGGGGCAUAGGCCACGGUGCAAUGAGGCAGAACCACGAUCCCGGACCUCAUGAACGCGCAACUGCGAUCCAACAGUGAAAGUUUAGCACCAGCCAGACAAGAAGUACACUCCGAAACACCUACGAGCGGACUGCAGAAGGCGACGCCCGAGACGACAUCAUCCGCCGAGGAACCGGGAGGAAAGGUGGUGGAGUAGCGACGACGGCCUUUAGUUGUCGGGGUCACAUCCACCAACUCGUCAAGUACUUUCGCUUUAUGCGCCUCGAACGCAGCUGAAGAGCCUGUGUCGUCGCAGUAUGGCGCGCCCCAAGUUUCUUCAGUAGUAGUAGCAAUCCUGCUUCCACUCUGACGACUCUGAUCAGUGCCGACUACGACUACUGCUCCACCGGCGGCGAUGAUUGUUAGAACAACUGCUGCUGCUACUGCUACUGCUAUUCGCGGAGCGUUCUUCAUUGUGAUGGAGUUUGAACUGAUUCAUUGAUGCAUGCUUUUUCGUGUGUGUGUGUGUAUAUAGAGGAUAGUUUCCUUUGGUUGUUACAGUACUGGCGCCGGAGAAAGAUGUUCGAAUUCGUCUAAUUCCAUCCAUGAGUUUGCAUGGCAUAGGAUUUUCUUCGGCAGUGCUGCCAAUUGUCAAAGAAAUGACGGCAAUUCCGAUCUGCAGAGCGUGUUACAAUAAGUCAAUAACCUUGAGCCAAACUUUUUGUAGUUGUCUGCGUGGUUUACAACAAUCUACUACGUUCCAAAUUGUUUGUAAACUAGACCAAUGUUGUUUGUUUAAAUUCAAGUGCAC